CCUCACGCGCCAUUCCAGUGAGUGUCUUGAGUGAUUCCUCCACCGUCGUCUUCUCCGUCCAAUCCCCGCCGCCAUGAAAUCCACCGCCAACGCUAAGCUCAUUCUCCUCCACGCUCCGACCGCCGGCAACGCCCUCACACCCCGCCGCUGGCUCUUCUCCUUAAUCACUUUCUUCACACUCGCCUUCACUCUCACCCUCAUCAACUCCACCUUCUCCUCCUCCGCCGCCGCCGCCCGUCGAAACGGCGAUGGAAUCUCCGGCGCCGGCACCGGCGUCCUCCCCCACUCUGUUUCUACUGCCCUCCUCCACUACGCGGCCGCGGACACAAACUCCACAAAACCCCACAUGUCCACCGCCGAGCUCUCCUCCAUCGCCACCGCGCUCUCCUCUUGCUCCCCGGGGUGUAAUUUCUUAAUCUUCGGUUUGACCCAUGAAUCCCUCCUCUGGCGCGCCCUGAACCACGGCGGCACCACCGUGUUCCUGGACGAGAACGAGUACCAGGUCUCGAAAUUCGAGCAAUCGAACCCCGGAACAGAGGCGUACGACAUCCAAUUCACGACCAAAGUAACCCAGAUGAAGGAGCUUCUAAUUCUUGCAAAAUUACAGGCCGAUAAAGAGUGCAAACCCAUCCAGAAUCUCCUCUUCUCCGAAUGCAAAUUGGGCAUCAACGAUAUGCCGAAUCACAUUUACCAAGUCCCAUGGGACGUGAUCCUGGUGGACGGACCCCGUGGCUACAGCCCCUCAUCGCCGGGAAGAAUGUCGGCGAUCUUCACCGCCGGAGUGUUAGCGAGAAGCAAAUUUGGGGAAGCGAAUUCCAAAACCCAUGUAUUCGUUCACGAGAUGGGUCGGGAAAUUGAGCGGAUAUACAGCGACGAGUUUCUUUGCCCGGAAAAUUUGGUGGAAUCGGUGCAUUCAUUGGGGCAUUUUGUGGUGGAGAACCCAAUUCAGGGGAAUGCCCCAACAUUCUGUAAGAGUUCUUCCUCUCUGUGAUGUAAUUUCUUUCUAUGAUUAUUGUGAUUAUAUUUUUGUAAAAAUUUCAUAGGUUUUUUAUUUUUAUGUCGUGUGUUUAUCUUAGGACAUCCAAAUAUGAUGUUGUAUUAUGUGUUCGAGAAAGAUCAAGAAAA